AUGCAUGGCCAGAUAAGCAUCCAAAAGGCCAAUCUGGGCUUGCACGAGGACCCCUUAAAUUACGAGGCAGCGAAAGAUUACUUGGUGGAGAUCACUGCAACAGACCCCGGAGGCCUCUUCACGACCGUCUACGUGGACAUCAGUAUUCUCGACGUAAAUGAAGGCCCGCCAGUCAUACAGAACGAGCCUUAUGCAACGACUGUUGCAGAGGAUGCUGUCAUUGGUUUCUCAGUGACCACGGUGACCGCAACAGACCCGGACGAAGACGCUAGUGAUUUUGGCAAGCUCACUUACGCCAUUACCUCGGGAAACGACAAGGGACAUUUUGUUAUUAAUCCUUACACUGGAAAGAUCGUCGUCGCUGGUAUAUUAGAUUUCGAAACGGAUCCGACCUAUACAUUGGCUGUUACAGUCACCGAAAAGACCGGCGGAGGAUCUGACACAACUAACGUCAGCGUCACAAUAAAGAACGUCAACGACAACACGCCGUCAUGCCAAUCUGAUAUGACCUUUACUACAAACAUGAUCGAGACUGAUUCGAUUAACAAAGUACUUUAUGAUAUGACGUGUAGUGACGCGGAUGGCAAUCCUGACGCGGAUGGCAAUCCUUUGACAUACACGAUAACAUCAGGAAACACUCAUUUUUUCGACGUGGAUAAUGCCACAUCGAAUCUAGUGCUCAAGAAUUCAAUAGACUACGAGGCUGUUACCCAGUUACAGUAUGAUCUAAUCAUCACUGUCUCGGACGGCACUAACAGAGUGCAUGUAAAGGGAAGCGUCAUUGUCAAACAGGUCAACGAACACACUCCCAUAUUCAGUACGUGUGGUAUUACCAACGAUGUUUUUAAUUGA